CCCGAAGGUGGCAAAAAGAGCGGCUUUGCUUUGUUUCUUCUUUCCCCUUCGUUAGAGUGAUCGCUAGCUCAUGGCAACGACCACACUCACGUCCACUGCCCCCUUCUGCGGCCGUUCCGGCUGGCAGCGUGCGCGGCGUAGGCGCCCACAGUCGUCGUCGUCCGGUCAGGACGGCUGCGGGCGGCCGCUGGACCGCGUGGCCGGGUGGGUCGGCGGAGGCAUCGCCGCGGCGUUCUUCGCCUCCCUGGAGCGGUGCUCGUGCGUCAACGUCCGCACGCACGACGACCUCGACGACGAUGAGCAGAGGGACUCAUUGGCGCCGCUGGUGUUGGACGACGGCAACGACGAGGCUGCCGGCGCCGGCGGCGGGAGGAGGAGGAUGGGCAGAGGAGGGAGCUGGAGGAACGAGAAGGGCAGGAGGAGUGGCGGCGGCGGCAUGGGUUGCUACGGUGAUUAGUUUUUGAAUGAUCAGCGAUGCUAAUAACUAUUUGUAGCUUCUUGAUGGUGAUUCUUAAGAUUGUUAAGUUCAUAUCUACUUUUGACAAUACAAGUGCCUUGUAAGUUUAAUCAACGCUGUAUAUGGAUGUUUAAUUGUGUACAACUACUCUCUUAUGGAGUAAGUUUGCAGGCUUCACAUCUUUCUGUUUCCGGAUGUAAUACUCACUUCGUUUCUCUAUUGUUAAAAAAAAUAGAGAAGAUGUGAAAUGUGUAAGCUGGGAUCAGAUUCAGAUGCUUGUAUUGCAUCCUCUGUGACUUUCGGUUAGAAAAUAUAAUGUGAUAAAGGAAGAUUUAUAAGCAGCCAAUA